AUGGUCACCACCGGGAUUAUUAUCUCUGGUGCAAUUCAUUACCCUCGUAGCACCCCACAGAUGUGGCCAGAUCUAAUACAAAAAGCAAAAGAUGGUGGUUUAGAUGCUAUCGAAACAUACAUAUUUUGGAAUAUUCAUGAGCCACGCCGUCGCCAGUACAAUUUCACAGGCAACUUGGACUUUGUCAAGUUUUUUAAGCUAACGCACCAGGCUGGUCUAUAUGGAAUUCUGCGAAUUGGUCCUUAUGCUUGUGCUGAAUGGAAUUUCGGGGGUUUUCCCGUUUGGCUAAAAAAUAUGCCAGGGAUCGAGCUUAGGACUAAUAACGAGAUUUAUAAGAAUGAAAUGAAAAUUUUUACUACCAAGAUUGUGAACAUAUGUAAGGGCAAUCUAUUUGCCCCACAAGGAGGACCUAUAAUUCUAGCCCAG